CCUCCACGGCCAACGCGCCGCCUAGAGACAGCUCCAUGUGCUUCCACAUGUCAGGCAUCUCCUUGAGUGACACCUCGAGACGCAGCGCGGCCGAGUGCAUGUUCACGAUCUUGUCUGCCGACUCGAUAAGGUCUCGAUAGCGCACACCGAUCAUCUUCUGCAUCUCCUUGGUCUUGGUCUCCUUCUCCUUCCUGCAUAGUAGAGAUUGUCAUUCUUAAGAGAUUAACGUAUCCUGAGAGACAGAGACUUCCCCUGCACUAUUAAGUCACCACACACGACGCACCUCGUCCUCUCUAACAGCACUUUGGCGUCCGCGACCGACAGGCGACGCAGGAAGUCGGCCGCAUCGCCCGCGUGCUCAGCCCCGCGGGUUGCUGCCGGCGUCAUCGCUUUGAAGCUGAAGAGUGGAGAUCGUACUUAAAUGAAUGCAACACUUUCUAACUGACAAAAUGGCGCGCCGCAGUCGCGCUGGCAGUGUCGACGUCGAGUCACGAAGUGAGUCUGACGAGCGCUCGCCGCUGACGCCCAACAAGGCGGCGCUGCUGAGGGUACAGAGGAGAACCAGUCCGCUGCGGCUGGACAAUGCCAGUGGUGACGAUGCGGGCAGUGCAGACGAUCGAGAAGGACAGGAAGUUGUGCCAGCCGCGUCUAUUUGGCGAGGAGAUGAGGCUUCCGACGCUGCAAAUGCUGAUGGUAAUUGGAUGCUGGAAGAUGCAGAAGAAGCUGCUCGGACCCUGACUUUGAUGUUGUUGCGGUGGGCGACUGGGCAGUGAAAUUGAGCAACAUGCGACGAUAUUUUCGAGCGGCACGGGCGCUGUACGAAAUGCAGUUCCAGAUGAAGCGGCCCGCGGCUAUCUUGAAGAUGAAGCCCAACUCGGUGAGAUCGCGAUGGACACUGAUCUUGGCAUUAUGGCGCUAAAUGAUUCUUGCAACUUAUUUUGUGAAUUGCAGUACGGACUGAAAAGCCGAUCCACAUUCGACGCAUUGGCAGCGCUGGUGUCUCCACUUCGAGGGCAUCAGGUUCUCGAUGACUGGACGGGGCUUGAAAUCGGGCUCUUCGAGGAAGCCUAUGAACGCUUCGGAAAGGAUUUCUACGCAAUUGCUGAACAGCUUCCAAGGAAGACUGUAAAGGACACAAUUGCGUUCUACUAUAUCUGGAAGAAACACGGAUCAUGUGCGAAAACUCGAGACGAUGGCAACCUGUCGGACGAUUUCUUGCCGGAACCCGAGCCGAAUGUAUCAAGUGAGACGCUCAAGCUGAUGGAUCGCCUUCGAAAGCGACAGAUUUACAUCCAAGAUUAUCUCGAUGCUGCACGAGCAAUGUAUGCUCCCCAACCAGCCUACGCGUCUCACCACAAGAGGCAAAAGAUUUCGGAGUUUGGCUUGCAGCGGGUGCCAUCCUUCCAGCAAGGUCUCAAGGGGUUGUCACCGUUGCGUGUUCCAGCCGUGCUAGAUAUGUGGACUCCAUUCGAGAUCAGAGUAUUCGAGGUCGCGAUUGAGUGUUACGGCAAGGAUUUCACGCGAAUUGCCGAAGUGAUUGGCAGCAAGUCGUCCGGAGACGUGAUCGCAUUUUACUACGUUUGGAAAAACGAUUCGCACUAUCAAGUUGUCAAGAACCGCUGGGAGAGGAAGGAUGAAGGGCGUACACCGAAGAAAACUCUUGCUGACUCAAAGGCUAACUGCUCGUGAGCUGUCAUCUACUGUAGCUUUGGCGAACGUUUGUGUAUUUGAAUCAAACGCCUUGAAUGAGACCUACCAUGACCCUCUUGGUGAGCAACG